AUGAGUAGAGUGAAUCUCAUAGAAAAAAACUCAGAUUCUGAGUUAGUGCGUUAAGGAGAAGAUGGAGAUUUCCGAAAUUUGUUCAAGCUUGACAAUAUUAGAGAUGGUGUUUCUUUAGGACUAAUUGAAUAAUUAGGAGGAGAGAAAGGAUUCUCAAAAAUAUUUGAGGUUGAUUUGAAGGUAUUAAAAAUAUUGAAAAAUAGAAAGGAGUAUUAGAUGAAGAGCAAGCAAGUAUUUUAAGAAACAGAUUUGGAGCAAAUUUACCAAUAAUAAAAGAGUUAACACCUUUGUGGAAAUUAAUUGUAGAGUGCUUAGGAGAUACAAUGUUAUAAAUUUUAAUAGUAGCAGCAAUAGUAUCAACAAUUUUGGGAAUUAUUGAAGGUGAAGGUGGAUAGUAUGAAGGGUAAAUAAGUUGAUAAAUAUUUAGAAUGACAAUAUUUUUGGCAAUAUUUUUGAUCAUCGGAAUAACAGCAGGUAACAAUUAUGCAAAAGAAAGACAGUUUGCAAAGUUAUAAUCAAAGCUCGAUGAAGGACAUGUAUAAGUAAAGAGAGGAGGGAACGUAGUAACGAUAAGUAAUAAGGAUAUUGUGGUUGGUGACGUAUUGUUAUUUUAAUUAGGAGAUAUUUUCAAUGUUGACGGUAAAUAUAUGAUUUGAUUUAAUUAUAGGAUUAUAUUUAAGUGGAAGUGAAGUUAAGAUUGAUGAAUCAGCUAUGACAGGGGAAUCAGAUGAAAUGUCAAAGGCAUCAUUUGAAGUAUGUUAAAAAGAUCCACAUGGCAAAUCUCCAUUUUUAUUAUCAGGAACUAAGGUUAAUGAAGGAACAGGUGUUAUGCUAGUGCUAUAAGGUAAUAAUUAAAAUUAUAGAGUUAUUUUUAGUCGGAGAUCGAACUGUUCAAAAUGAAAUGAAGAAAUUAGGUUAAAGUGAAAAUACACCUACACCAUUACAAGUUAAAUUAGAAGCUGUAGCUGAAACAAUAGGUAAGGUUGGUGUUGUUGUAGCAAUUUUAACAUUUACUAUUCUUUUAAUCAGACUAUUUAUUGAAUAUGGAACAAAUGAUUUUCCAUUUUGGGAUUAAGUUUGGAACAUGGAUUGUCUCUAAAAAAUAUUACAAUUUUUUAUGAUUGGUGUUACAAUUAUUGUUGUUGCAGUUCCUGAGGGAUUACCUUUAGCAGUUACUAUUACUUUGGCUUUCUCUGUUAAUAAAAUGAAGGAUGAAUAAAAUUUAGUUAAAACUUUAGCAUCUUGUGAAAUUAUGGGUGGAGUUAAUAAUAUUUGUAGUGAUAAAACUGGUACUUUAACUUUAAAUACUAUGUAAUUAAAUGCUUUUUAUUGUUAAGAAGUUAAUUAUAAAGAUUAUUAACUACCAUAAAUUAAAAAUCUAGAAAAACAAUAUUUAGAUCUAUUAGCUGCUAGUAAUCUUUAUAAUUCUAGUGCUUAUCCUAAAAAAGGAUAUAAUGGAAAAUUUGAGUAAAUAGGAAACAAAACUGAAUGUGCUUUGAUUGAAUUUUGUGAUAUGUUAGGUUAUCAACUUUCCAGUUAUAGACCAUCUGAUAAUAUUCUAAGAAUAAUUCCUCUAAACUCUAAAAGAAAAAUGAUGAUUUCUAUUGUUCAUCAUAAUAAUAAAAUUUAUUUGUUUAGUAAAGGAGCCCCUGAAAUGGUAUUGAAAAAAUGCACUAAAUAUAUCAAUUCUAAAGGUGAAGAAGAAAAAUUAACACCUCAAGAUACUAGCAAAAUAUUAUCAAUAAUUGAAGAAUAUGCAGGUUAAGCACUGAGAACAUUAGGAAAUGCAUAUAAAAUAUUAAAUUAUCAUCUUGAAUAUGAUUUUGAUUCCAUUCCUGAAGAAUAUCUUUUAAGUGAUUUGACACUAAUUAAUAUUGCAGGAAUUAAAGAUCCUGUUAGACCAGAUGUUCCUAGUGCAAUUUAAUAAUGUUAUAGAUCUGGAAUUAUAGUCAGAAUGGUAACAGGUGAUAACAUUAAUACAGCAAAAGCAAUAGCUAGAGAUUGUAAAAUUAUAGGUGCAGAUAGUGAACUACAUGAAUAUGAAGCAAUGGAAGGAUCAUAGUUUAGAUAAUUAACAGGAGGGCUUAUUAAAGUGAUUAAGAAUAAAGAAGAAGUCCAAGAAGUAAAAGAUCUAUAGAAAUUUUAAGAGAUUGCAGUUCACUUAAAAGUAUUAGCAAGAGCAACUCCUGAAGAUAAAUUUAUAUUAGCUACAGGGUUGAAAUAACUAGAUAAUGUAAUAGCAGUGACAGGAGAUGGAACAAAUGAUGCUCCAGCAUUAAGAAAAGCAGAUGUAGGAUUUGCAAUGGGUAUUACAGGUACUGAUGUUUGCAAAGAUGCUGCAGAUAUAAUUUUAUUAGAUGAUAAUUUUAGUUCAAUAAUAACAGCAUGCAAAUGGGGUAGAAAUAUUUAUAAUUGUAUACGUAAAUUCAUAUAAUUUUAAUUAACUGUUAAUGUUGUUGCAUUAUUUAUGAGUGUAUUAGGAGCAGCAGUAACAAAGGAGGCUCCUUUAACAAGUAUUUAAAUGUUAUGGGUGAAUUUGAUUAUGGAUACUUUUGCAUCAUUGGCUUUAGCUACUGAACCUCCUAGUGAUAGGUUAUUAAAUAGAAAGCCUUAUGGUAAAAGAGAAAGUAUAGUUAAUUCAAUAAUGUACAGGACAGUUAUUGGAGCAAGUUUAUAUUAAAUAGUUAUAUUGUGUUUAAUAUUAUUCGUUCCUAAUAGUAUCUUUGAUUUUGAUACUGAAUUUAAUAAAGAUUAUGAUAAUAGACCAAUUUAAAGAUUAACAAUGUUCUUUUAAACAUUUGUCUUGAUGCAGAUAUGUAAUUCAAUCAGUUGCAGAAAAUUAGAUGAAGUAUCCUUAAAUCCUUUUAGUGGGUUAUUCAAUAAUCUUUUAUUUUGGUUAAUCAAUUUUAUUGAAGUGUUAGUUCAAUAUUUACUUAUUCUAUUUGGAGGUAAAUUUGCAGUGGUUUGUGAAUUGACUGUAUGGUAACAUUUAUUCUGUUGGAUAUUUGCUUUAGGUGGAAUGAUUGUAGCAAUAAUUGUGAGAACUCUUCCUUCAAAAUGGUUUAAUGGAAUCAAUAUAUUUGCAGAGGAAGAAAUAGAAGAAGAAAAAUUGGAUGAAACAAUAGCAAGUAAAUUGCGUCGUAAGAGUAGCGUAAGAUAUGGAUCAGUUUUAGAUGAGAAUCAUGAGAAUAAGAGAUCAGUUUAAAAAAGAUUAUCAAUCUUUAAAGAAUGAAAC